UUGCUGUACGUUUGUCUACAAAUGGCACUCCGCGUCUCUAUAUGGCACUCCGCAUUGUACGUUGUGGGCUGAAAUGCCCAAAGGGUUUGUCGACGCAACCCUACCCACGAUACCAAGCAGUAUCACGCGAUGGCAUUGUCCCCAACGCAGCGGUAUCUUGGUAUAGGCACCAGGCAGAAUCAUGGCCAGGAAGACGUUUGGCCGAGUGUCCGGGACUGACCGGUCUAAAGUCCUGUCAUAGCCAUUCUUCCUCCUUCUCACCGACGGCCGCGACAUGAACUAAGCACCAACAUCACCCACAGCCACGGUUUAGUUUCACUCUCAUCCAGGCCAAUUCAUCCCAUCUCUAGCGGAAAACGCCGCAAACAUGAUCCCACUCAGGCUCUCUUGCCUCGCUUCUGUGUUGGUUCUCGCUCAACUCACCGCGGCGCUUGUCGUGUCGGACAAAAGACAGUUGCCGCCGCCGCCGCCCAUUCCCACAGGCACGACAUCAACGACAAUUACCUGGACGGUGACUACAACUAGCAACACAGCCGGCACCACACUUAUGGCUGUCAAGACGGCAGCUGCCGCCGAUGUUCAAUGGCCGCCGCCCGCAAUUACGGUUACUGUCAAUACCGACGUCAAAAUCGUUCUCGUCAACGAGAUGCCCAACGAGGAAGUCACCCUUCAUUUCCAUGGUCUCCUUAUGGACCAAGGUUUCGUAUCCAUGGAUGGACCCGAGGGUAUCACUCAAUGUGGGGUGUCUUCAGGGACAGCAAACAAGAGAAAUACCUUUGUUUACCGCUUCGUUACGGAUAAACCUGGCACCUACUGGAUUCACAGUCACUCACCGGGGCAGUACCCCAAAGGACUACGGACCCCGUUCAUUGUAACCGAUGAUUCGACGGAGAAGGAACUGUACGGUUAUGUGAACGACUACGCCGCCUCUGUUUCAGAUUGGUAUCCCAACUUUUGGGAUGUUGAAAACAAGUAUCGGGGCGUGGCGACAAGCGGAAACAAGCCGUGCGGUCCCGGAAUAGAGCUGGCUCCAAACAAAGUCGUCUUCAACGACAAUAUCCCAUCCAUGUCCAUACGAAGCAACACGCCGUUGGACGCGACAUCAUACUAUCUUGCGCCGACGCAGCCGGGCGGCCAACCUCAGCGUACUCGCUUUCGUUUCAUCAACAUGAGUGCCUACUCGCAAUUCUUCAUUGCCUUUGAGGAUCACAGCGUCCACGUCAUUGAGGUCGACGGAGUCCUGCUUGAGAAUGGCGCAACUAUGGAGAAGACUCUGACUGAAGGGUUUGUUUUGGGGCCUGGUCAGCGAAUUAGUGUUUUGCUUCAACACAAAACGACGUCUGAGGCACGGGAGAAAUCUUCGCAAGGGAACCCCUACCGCAUCUUGGUGGCCGUAGAUCCCCGAAUGGGCCCCUUGAAGUCGGAUAUUCAAGACUGCCACCUCCAGCCGGCGGCCGAUCCUUCAGAGACAAUGUUCACCUGGGGCUGCCUUUCAUAUACGAGUCCCGAUGCCGAGUGCAAGGCUCCAACGUCCGCCGAGUUCAAGAUGCUCAAGUUUUGGUCCAUGUCGGAUCAGGAUCAGGAAUUGCAGCGCGAACCGAAGAAGAACAACACUCUCGAUGUACCCUGGAAUGACUAUCUGCAUACCCGGUAUGCGUAUCCGUGGAACUUCAACGAGCGUCUGUUUGUCCCUCGAACCAAGACACACAAAGACAACUUGGUACCACAGUCCGAGCGAGAAGGCAACGUUAACUGGUUGAAGAUUAUUGACACUUCAGAUGGGAAUCAGUGGGGAUCCUUUGACAACGUCCCAUGGGACCCUCCCAAGCGAAUAGACCACGUCGGCCUUCUCCGAGCCCUCGACGACAGUAUCUACAGUUACCUGGUGCCGGGUUACUAUGGGAAGCACGAAAAUACGAUCAUAGUUCAAGAACUAGGUGAUGUAACAUGGCUCCUCAUCCACACCGGGAACGGAGACCACCCAAUCCACCUCCAUGGCCACCACUUCUACGUCCUCUACAAGGGCUUCGAAGACGACCUGAUCAUGGCCGAGUACGAAAAAGUCGCGCGAAAGCGCAACGCAUAUAUACCAUAUCAUAGUCCCGCUGCGGACCUCGAGGAGUGGUCCAAAUUCCAGAGCGCGCUCUUGAAGCUUACCCCUGAGUACCCCAUGCGGCGCGACACCAUCGUCGCCGAGAAGAACCAGUUCAUGGUCCUCGCCUUUGUCGCCGACAACCCCGGCGUGUGGGCGUUGCACUGCCACAACGACUUCCACGCCCGCACGGGCAUGAUGCGGCAGGUCGUGUCGGCCCCGAGACGGCUACGGGAGCUGUUCGGCACGUAUAACCUCACGUCCGGCAUGCAGGUGUCAAAGGGACAGUACCGGGACAAUAGGGUGGAGUGGAUCCGGCGGAACAUUGCUGGGUGUAAAGACGGGUUCGACAUGUCGAGCUGGGUGGAUCAGAACGGGCUCUAAGGGUGACUGGGUGAGACAAGAUUGGUCUAGCAGACAGGGUCUUUGUCCAAAGUUUCCACCUCUGGGGAGGAGAAUUAGUUAAAGAGCGGCUUCUUAGUGCUCCAAUCGGAGUCCAAGACUAUCUCUACCCGUAUGAGUUGGACUGAGUAGACUCGAGCGUUACAAGUAGCGGUCGGGUGUCAGAGGGGGCGGAGGAAGGUAGAGAGGUUCAAUGUAGUCCAAUAAGGCUACAUACCUAUGUACUG